UCCACAACAGUCAUAUCUGCAAACCCUAUAUACAUACUACUCUUCUUCGCUUGGCAUUGCUCUGAUUAAUCGUCCAGAUCUCAAAACUCAAAACCCCAAUUUCGAAUCAACAAAUAUGAAGAGAGUCUUCGGCGUUAAGAAAGACAAACAACCCUCUCCUUCCAUUCAUGACGCCUCCGAUAGGAUCAACAAAAGAGGUGAAACAGUUGAUGAGAAGAUCAAAAAACUCGAUGCUGAACUUGCUAGAUAUGAGGAACAGAUCAAGAAAACUCGACCUGGUCCGGCUCAAGAAGCUGUCAAAGCUCGAGCCAUGAGGGUUCUCAAGCAAAAAAGAACGUAUGAAGGACAACGUGAUAUGCUUUACAAUCAGACAUUCAAUCUAGACCAAGUUGAAUUCGCUUCUGAGGGAAUUAAAGAUGCUAAGCAAACAAUGUCAGCUUUGAAAUCGGCAAACAAAAAGUUGAAAAAAAUGACGAAGACUCUGAAGAUUCAAGACAUAGUUAACUUGCAAGAUGAGAUGCAAUGGACCUUGAUGGAUGUGAGCAAUGAAAUUCAAGAGUCUCUUGGUAGAAGCUAUGAUGUACCUGAUCACGUCAUUGAUGAGGAAGAACUAAUGGGUGACCUCGAUGCUUUGGAAGUUGACGUGGGCAUGGAGACAAAG